AAUGGUCCUCAGGUUGGGCGAUGGGCUGGAUUUAUUCUAGUGGAUACCAAUCUGACGAAAGAGCGCUUCCUCCUGUCCUGCGUUGAGUCAUUCAUCUUCUUUCUGGAGUCAGGAGUCUGGACAGGAGAGGGAUAGGUACUACCGUACUAGCUUUCUUGUGGGAGAGGGAGAGAACGAACCUAAUGAGCUUAGCACUAUUACAGGGCUACUCUUCUGCUGAAGAAGAGGAAGAAGAGCCGUUGUUAGAUGAGAACUCCUCGGACGACGACAUAGAAGAUAUCAUCUCCAGCCGUUCGAGGGUCGAGAAAAGUUUGUUCGAUCUCCCCAAGCCGUCCGGCAAAUCAUUGCUACCAUCCGCGUUUGAGGCAUUCUCCGAGAUUUCAGGACCUCCGGAGUUUCUUAACAAUUCCGUCUCCGAACAUGCUUCUGUUGACGACAUCGACAAGACAAGGAGACGCGGUGGUCGGAAAUAUCAUAGGGAGAAGAAGGAUCUGCCUGCUGGAGUUGUAAUGGAGGCAAAGGCUCAACUAGUUGGCAUUCAUGAUCGAGUAAGAAGUGAUACUGAUGGAAACUUGCCUCCCAAAUCCUCUGUUCCACCACAGAAAGGUUCUAUGAAUACAGUAUCUGGAGAGGGAAAGCGUGUGCCUUCUGCAACCGUUCCUGAUGCUAAAGAUGCUUCAGAGCUACUCAGGAUGUGCUUGCAAUGUGGAAUACCGAAAACUUACUCGAACACACGAGGCAUGGUCUGUCCAGUAUGUGGUGAUCGCCCUCCUGUGGACAAAAGUAAAGAAACCGAAAAGAAAAAGGGAUCCGCUAUCAAGGAAAAGGAGAAGAAUAAGAGAUUUAAAGGCCAGUCAACUCACUCUACUUGGAAGAGUGAAACAGAGAUGCAGCUCCGGCAGCAAUUUGAUUAGUGCAGACUUGGAAACGUGGCUUACAGUUUGGCUGGGAUGUGUAAACUGUAAAAUGCUUCAUAAUUUCAAUAGAACCAAUAUUGAAUUAAAUCAACGUCUCAGAGAAGACAUUGUGUGCUUUUUUAUUUUUGUUUUUAAUUAGCAAUGUUGUAUUUACAGUAGAUGAGGGUACUUUUAAUGCAGGAUACUGAAUUCGACUUAAUUUCAGGAUGAUGGACUCUACGUAAUUCA